AUGAAAGCUGCCUCGGAAAUCCGGCACGUGGCCGUUUUGGCGUUCCCAUUCGGGACGCAUUCAAUUCCUCUUCUGGACGUCAUCCAAAGAAUCGCAUCUGAUUCACCUGAAGUCAUAUUCUCAUUCUUCUGCACCGCCCCUAAUAUUGCCAAUAUUGGUGCCUCCAUAUUCCUCAAGUUUCCCAACAUAAAGCCUUAUAACGUCCACGAUGGCUUACCGGCGGGUUAUGUCCCUUCCGGCCAUCCCCUGGAGCCGCUUCAUUUGUUCCUCAGGGCCAUGCCGGAGAACUACCGGCGAGCUAUGGAUCAGGCCGUUACGGAGAAAGGCAGGAAGAUCACGUGCAUCGUCACAGAUGCGUUUCUUUGGUUCGGCGCAGAAAUGGCAGAGCAAAUGCAUGCCAAGUGGGUCCCUCUUUGGAUGGCUGGCCCUCAUGCUCUGUUAACUCACGUCGUCACCGACCUUCUUCGUGAAAAAUUUCCUUGCGAUGAUGAUGACAAACAUGGCUGCCUUCAGUGGCUUGACAAGCAAAAAACUGCAUCAGUACUAUAUAUUGCCUUUGGAAGUGUCAUCUUACCCCCACCCCAUGAACUAUCUGCAUUAGCACAAGCCUUGGAAGAAGGUAAGUUUCCAUAUAUAUGGUCAUUUAGAGGCAGCCCUGAGAAACAAUUACCAGAAGGAUUCUUGAAAAGGACAGGAGAACAAGGGAUUGUUGUUCCUUGGGCUCCUCAGUUAGACAUCCUUAAACAUGCGUCAACUAGUGUUUUUAUGACGCAUUGUGGCUGGAAUUCGAUCUUGGAGAGCAUUGUAGGUGGUGUGCCCAUGAUUUGCAGGCCGUUUUUUGGAGAUCAGAGGUUGAACACUCUGAUGUUGGAGGGGGAAUGGGGGGUCGCCAUGGCUGUUGACAAUGGGGUUAUUACUAAGAAUGAGAUUAUCAGAGUUUUGGAAUCAAGCUUGACAGGUGAAAAGGGGAAGAUGAUGCGCAGCAACGUUACGUCUUUGAAACAGUCCGCCAUGAAAGCUAUUGAGCCUAGUGGCAGCUCUACACAAAAUUUUAGGACUUUGAUUGACUUAGUCACAACUUAA